CGCCCCCUCUCUCCAGGAGGAAGAAUAAUUGGCACUUUCCUGUAGCCAAUAGCUGGCACUGCGGUGCUGCCAUUCCAUUCGCUGAUUGGUCAGGCUAGACGUCAGUGAAAUCUCAGUACGUCCCCAUUCGUCCUACCCUGGAGGUAAGAGGGGGCAGCAGUGAGGGACUCAGGAAUUCUGCAUCAUGAAAAUGAUUGAGAAUGUUGACUCUGUAGUGACUAGGUCAAGCCAGGACCUCUGGGCUGAAAUCUGUUCCUGUCUGCCAGAUCCAGACCAGAAAGAUGACUUUAGUGAUACUUUUACAGAUUCCUUCACAGAUUCUUACAUCAGUGGAGAAAGCCAGGAUGAAGAACCAGGUGGUUCUUUCCAAGCAAACCUGAAGCCCUGGGCACCUCUGAAAGAUUCAGAGAUAUAUUUAGCAUCACUAGAGAGAAGACUGAUGAGAAUUAAGGGUUUGUCUCAGGAAGUGACCUCCAAGGAUAUGCUGCAUACUCUUGCCCAAGCAAAGAAGGAAUGCUGGGAUAGGUUCCUGCAGGAAAAGUUUGAAUCUGAAUUUUAUGUGGAGGGACAUGAAUCUGAAGAGAGCACCCUGGAACAUUUAAAGCGGUGGCUGCAGCCUGAUAAAGUGGCAAUCAGUACUGAAGAGGUACAGUACCUGAUUCCCCCAGAGUCCCAUAUAGAGAAGCAAGAAACUGGGGAAGAGUCUCCAGCAGCAGAACAAUGAAAUGCACUCCAACCAUGCGAAGCAGCUGUCCAAGGACUGAUGGAGCUGCAUUCAGUGGCAGUAAUAAAAGGGUAGGGUGAGGAAAUUGCCAGUUUUUGGUCAGCAAGGGAAAGAGCUAUGGACAUCCAGAGGAUAGAAUUGCAUUUGUUAUCGACAGGAGUGAAGUGUCCUGCAACUUCGUGCAUGCUGGACUUAAAUCUUGUUUUUAUCUACGUGGUUUCCCAUCGUGUAGCAAAACAGUCAUUCCAGUUAAAAAAAAAAAUUUGUAAUUCACUGAGAUGAUUACUGAACAAAAAAGGGGGAUAUCCUAGAAUAGCGCAGCUAAUAACUCAGAAGACAGACAUUUCUUCCUCCUUUCUUGUAUCCUCACUUUGUGGCUAUAUCUUUCCUGUUGCUAGCUUCACAGGCUUUACUCGUUGAUCUGUUACAACAAUUCCGCUGUAAAGUUAUCUAUAAAACUCCACAAUUUGUGCUUGAGUUGGCUCUAAACUGUAUCCUGGAGAGAUGAGAAACAUUUGUCCUGUUUGGAUUUGGUGCAAACUAAAUGGGAUCCUACUCUCCAAUGAUAAUUACCAAAGCCUGUUUAACAUUCUUCUCUUUAUAAUGUACCAGCCUGGAAUAUGACAUUUAUUGGACUUUCAGACAGUCUUGUAUGAAAAGUGUUCCUCUACUUUUUUUCUUCUGUUCGAUUUGUUUUUUCCCCCCCAGAGCAGGGCAGGUUAGAUUCUAAAUCUAAAUUAUAGAUUCUAAAUCAGGGGAAGUGAUAACUGAUCAAUGGAUUGUUUUCAUGUUAAAUAAUUCUUACAUUAAGCCUGUUUGUAUAGAUACUUGAUCUGUUUUAUCUACAGCACACUGUCCCCAAUCAUUACUCAGAGGGUCUGUAAUCCUGACCUUUGUAUAUGAGUGACUCUUAUAAUUAUUGUAUAGCUGCAGUUUCUUAUGAUAUCAACAGUAUAGGGCAAUAGAGAGCAAUGGCCUACAGCUUCUGCUGGGUUCUUAAAACUGUAGUGAUUAGUUCUAAUACUUUAUACCGAUGUAGAAGUUAUGUAGCAAAAAUGGAUCUGUGAAAUGCACUUGCAAAUCAGCUUCUUGAAAUACCUACCACUGUUUCCAUGUCUCCAUAAUUGAGUGGUGCUAUUGUCUCUUGAUUCGAGCCAUGGUUUUACUGCUACUUCUGAGCAGGAAGUCCAGUAGGAUGACUCGGGACUCGUCUAAAUGGGGAAAUUUACCUGCAGAACUAUAUCACUAUAGUUACACCAAUAUAAGUCCCUGCAUGAACACUCUUAUUACAGAAUAAGUGUCCAUGUGGGAAAUUAUACUAAUAUAACUAUAUAUUAUACACACAAGUAUAUAACUAUACUGGUAUAGUUCUGUCAGUAAAUUUCCCUGCAUAGACAUGGGAAAUACAGCUCGUCAUUUGACCAUAUAGAGCUGGGUCUUUUAUUGGCCCACAGCUGGGAAGAAUUUACAGUAUUAGUGCCAGUGAAAACCCAGACUUAAGUUUCCUUCAAUGUAAAGCUACUUAUUUGAAAGAAUCAGACAAGCAGCAAAAAGGUUAUACACCGCUUCUUCCUAAUAAGCCUCAAUUCCCCAAGCAUAAACUCUUAGUAACUACGUUGGCCCUACGCAUUAUCCUGAUUGGCAAAUAAAGCAGGUAUAGCUACCAGUUCUAGAUGGAGACUUCUUUUCCUUUUCUUCUCAAGCACUUUGUCUGUCAAGUGUCCCUGGGGCAGGGUGUUGGCUACCCUGAAACCCUUGUGAUCCAAAAGUCUCUUUAAAAGUCCCUCACAGUAGGGUGUUGGCUAUAGUGGCAGUCCUACAGCAUCACAAGCCUCCUCAGAUAGUACUUGGGUGGCAGUGGCACGUAUGAUUAUUCCCCAGUACUUAUACCCUUAUCUCCAAGGAGUCACAUGUCCCCCAAAUAUGCUGUAUUGGCAUUUCAUAACUUUGUGUUUUUUUUUUUUCUGCUUAAUAUUUUUGGAAGGGACUACAGGGACAGACUGAAGGCCAACUGACCUUUACCUUUUCAUCAAUCAUUCACCACAACUCUUUGUUGUGCUGUCCCAAGGAAUCAGUUGACCCAAGUGAGUUAGUACCAAGUCCACCAUCUAUGUUUUCAGCGUGUUUUCUCGGUGGUCUGACCAUUGACUGCCCAUGACAGUUCUUCCAGAUCAGCACAAAUACACAGAGCCCCGAUUAAACAUCCAAAGUACGUAGUUGUGUCAGCAACCAAAUGCAAGUUCAGCACUCUCACUCAGUAACUUUCCACACCACCUGUCUGAUGCUAAGGGAACCGUGAUCCCAGAAUCCCCUAGCAAAUUCAGACUUAUUAAGCUGUACCAGUCUCAUGUCAAUCACAGUAAUUCAUAAUGAUGAGAUGGUGCUGAAUUAUUAAGGACAGGAGAUGUACAAGAUGGUUUUUUUAAUUAAAUAGUGGAAAUUUAACUCCCCAAAAUUUAAAAUGCUGUUUAAAAAUAGAAUGUACGUGUAAAUUUGAAAAUCUCUUGCUUUAUUAUACCUUGAUACUGAGUUUCUAUUCUGUAGCUGAAACUAUGUUGUCAGACUAUAAUGAGGGUGACUUCCUAUUUGAUACAGUUCACAAGAAUGUGUUAAUGAUUUCCUCUUCUUUGUAAUCAGAGAUUGUGGUUAGGAUAUUUUAUACUACACUGUAGUUUCCCUUUAAAGCUGCUAGUAAUGAGAUUAUACACCUGGAAUCAGAAAGUCUCAACCUAAAUUGAAGUUUCAACAAAAUUUAAAUAUUUGAACCUACAGAUUACCUCAAUUACUCAAUCUCAUGCAAAAAUAAACCAGUUUCUAUGACUUAAAUUUUACGUAUAAUAAAAUGAAGCUAAAUAUAUGAAUUGGCUCUUCUGUUUAUUCAGAGGGGGAAGCUUGGAGCAAGCAAUUUUGGUUUUUGACUUUUCCAUUUUAAAAAGUGUUGCGAUCCCCAAGGAAAAGGAGGAUUAGUGGAAAGAGCUUUGUUGUCUGACUACAUCAUUAGCAACUGAGCUCUUCCCAUUUACACUAUGUCACCAGUCACAUGACAUCCCCACUGGAUGUCACUGCACUGAACAAUGUAUAUUAGUAAGAUGUAGGUAGUAGAUUACACACUGAACUAUGGACGUGUAGUCCUAUGGCAUUGUGAGCCAAUCUUGGUACCUCAGAGACAGAAAACUGAAAGGGGAAGUGGGCCAUUGUAGUCGGUAAAUAGUUCCAUUCAAUUGUAUUAGUGAAGCCAGUUGUGUGAGGAGCAGAGUACCUUCAGCUCCCACAAAGCUGAGUCCCACAUGCAGUAAUAUCAAUGGGAGUUUGUUGCCUUCAAAUGGUGCAGGAUCAGGCCCACUGACUAGUGUACUUAGCCUUUUGCAGAACAGGGUGAAAUAAGUCUUUGCUAUAAUUUAACUCUGAACAAAAAACACAGAAAAACUUAUAAAAACAUACCUGUAAAAGAUUGUCGGGGGGUAAAUGGAUGUACAAGAUUCAGGAUAAAGGUGAAUCAGGUCCACAAAAAACUGUCCACAUCUUCACAACAGAAAAUUAAAAACUAUCAAAACUUAAAGACUCUAUUAAAUGGCUUUUAACUGGAGAUCAGAUCCAACCCUCCCAAUGUUGGUGAAAUCUAGAUCCAAAGCCUCUGGCUCAGGCUUAUCUCUACAUCUGCCUUGAUCCAGGCAGAAAGAAGUGGCAUAUUAACCUGAGAAUAAACAGAGAAACAAGGGAAGUUGGUUCAUAUAUCAACAUUGAAACUGAUAUAGCCCAGUAAUAUAUGUUAAAGUACAGAAAAAUUUAGAUGCACUACAGUUGAGUAAAAAUGUACAUGUGUGUAUACAGUAACACAUUGUACUUUGACUGGACUACAUGGAUAAACAGAGGAACACCAAAACUACCAUACACACUUUUAUAUAAAUGAUAAAAUAUGACUUUCCUGCAGCUAGGGGGAAAACACAACCACCAAGAAAUGAAAGCUAGAGUGCACCAUGAAUGACUUCUAAAAAUGUCCAAAACAAGUCCUUUCAGGAAAUCAAACAAAAACAAAUCCAAACUGGAGAAAA